AUGGCGCCUCCACUCACCCUCGUCCUCUGGGUCUCCAUUGGCGUCCUCAUGGUCGACUCAAUCAUCGAACUCUCCUUCGUAAGCAGCAUGGUCGCCUGGCUGCACCGACGAGCAGGCCGCGACUUCGAAAUCGCCUACAACGGCUCAACCUACCCCCUCCACGGCAAACCGCUCAACCUCCUCGUCAACCAAGGCCACACCAGCAACGGCGCCGCAGGAACCGCUUUCGUCCUGAUAGGUAUGGGCGGGAUUCUCGCGCUAUGGCUGCGCACUCGUACCAACGGCUUCCUGGGCAAAUUCGGCAAGUUCUGGUAUACGUUCUGGCUGGUCAUGACCAUCCCGUCCAUGCUCCUCUCCCUCGCCGCGCUCAUCUACACCAUGGUGCUCACGUACCAACACGACAACCAAACCAUCUCCAACGCCGUCGCAUCCCAACUGAACAACCACCCUUACCCCAACUACGUCGCCUACCCACUAGACUCGUGGACGCCAGAGAACUGGUUCGAUGCGGUGCUGAAGCUCGAUCUUGUGAAUAGCAGUGAUCGCAGCAAUAUCGAGGAGCAUUUGAGGGUCAUGAGGGGUUGGAGGUGGAAUUUGAUCCCGAUGUUUAUUAUUGGGCUUGCGGUGUCGGCUGUGGCUUUUGCUGAGUUCUUGAUUGUGAGGCGGAGGAGGGGUGGUGCUGGCGGUGUGAGGGAGCUGGAGCAGAAGAGUCUGUCGUCGUAA